AUGAAGCAAUCGGGUUUUUCGAAAGAACAGAGAAAGAGAAAUAACACUCACGAGAAUACUACUUCCCCUGAAGACAAUCAGAGUCUACACUUGGCUCCAUCUACCUUUUUCACCAAUCCGCAUAAUAACUAUCCAACGGCGCAAAAUCUUAGAGGUAAUUGUACCCUUGCACCCUACCGCACCAGAAAACUCCCCGUCUCCCUUAUCCUGCGCACUCCGCCACUGCCACUGUGA